GUAGUGUUUUUGUGUCUCUUGCUCUCUGUGUUUUAUAUAUAUAAUAGAGAGAGAGAGAGUCUGUUCCUCUCUCCACUUUAAUGGCGUGAGACCGUACCACUCUGUGUAUAUACUGUAUAUGUAACCGUAUGAUCCUUAAUCUUUGCAUGAUUCACCAAACUCCUUCAAAAGAAGUCCCAAAUCAAACGAGAUGAUUUUGAAAUGGAAUGCAAUUGAAUUUCAUCACGAAAAGGCUCAUAUUUUCACAAUUGGAUUGUUGAUAUCUGAGGCGAACCCAGAUGAAGAAAAGUGGUAAUCUCUUCUGGGUGUUUGAUAUUUCGCCUCUUUGAAUCAGUAUCUGAUGUGGGUGUUUUAGUUUUGGUUUUGGUUUUGGUUUGAUUGUCUGUGCUCUUAAUCUAUGUGCUGUUUCUGAUUUUGUUGUUCUUUGUUGUGUUGUUCUUGUUGGUGUUUAUUGUUGUUCUUUUUAUGAUUGGGAAUAUGAAGGAAAUUAGAGAAGACAUGAAGGAUGAUGAGGAGCUUGAAAUGUUGUUGGAUGAGAUCCCUCAUGCAACAUCACUCAAUCCUCAUCAUCCAUAUAGGAAUGGCCACAAUGUUAAUGGUGGCCAUGGACAUGGGUCAUUUGUAACACAGACAAUGAAUGGUAUGAUGUAUGGUAUGUAUGAUGAUGACCCAUCAAGUCAUAAUAAGUAUUCAUGUGCCUCACCUGUUUGUGGGUUUUCCCUGCAAUCCGAUGGCUCUUCCUCAAGCUUGUUCUCUGGUGGGCAUUCAGUUUCUGACAAUGGAUCACCAACACCACCUCCAUUGGUAGAGCUCAAACCCCAAUUACCCUGUAAAAGCUCCCAUUACCCAAAUGGAUUAUGGAUAGAUUCAAGAAUGCCCGAUUCGCCUUUUGAAAAGAAGGGCAUUGAGAACUUGACUGAUGAACUAAAUUUGUUAAGAAAUCUUAAUAGAAUGUAUAUUGGUGAUGAACCAGAGGAUUUGUCUGUAGACAUGAAUGGAACUUGGUUCUCCAAUAAUUCCAUAAAUGGGAUUAAUGGAAUCAAUUCAGAGAAAUUUGGGGCUUCUGGUAAUCAUAGAAAAGGUGUUUCUGACUGUGGGGAACGUCAAUCCUCUGUUCUAAGCGGUCCCGUUAGUUCAGCAUUCUCGGGAUUGCAACAGGAAUAUAGGCUGGAUAAUUUAUUGGGAUCAGGAUAUUCUCCUCGUCGAGCUACUGGUUUGAUUUCUCAGUCGAAUGGUUCCUAUAGACCUAUGAGUUCUCCAUGUAGCAGAGCAAAAGAACAGGCUAUCAACAAUUUGCAAAGGGGAAUUCCAGUAUCGAACUUUGGCACUUCUAUAGGUAGGCCUUCAGCUGCUGAUGCUUUAUUCUAUGCUCAGCGAAAUGGCAUGCAUAUCAAUGAAGAAAGGGGUGCAUUGAACUCGCCAUAUAUGCCACAGUUGACUCAUCAAAGGCCUCAUCAGAGCAUGGAAAAUGUACUAUAUUACUGCCCACCAAUGCCAAAUGGGAGGACCAGAGUGCCUACAGAUAUUAGAAUCCCUCAAGGCGGUCUUGGGGCUUUAACUGCUGAAGAAAGCUUGAUCAUUCAAGGGGAGGGUUUGAAUUAUGUAAUCAGCAGGGGAUUGCCACGGUCAAGGGGAAACUAUAAUAAGGGUGCUUUACAUGAUAUUGGUCUGGGAAAAAAUCAAGAAAGGAGGUCACAGUCUGAUGGUCGUCCUCAAUUGUCAGGAAUUUGUGAAAAUGGUAGGAAUGCUAGGGUGUAUUGCCCUUUCUCUCUUCCAGCAAAGUGUAACUCCUUGGCUGAAGCUAAAGGUUAUAUAUACUUAAUGGCCAAGGAUCAACAUGGUUGUCGGUUCUUGCAAAGGAUGUUUGAUGAGGGUUCCCCCGAAGAUGUGCAGAUAAUAUUUGGUGAGAUCAUUAAUCAUGUCGUUGAACUUAUGAUGAACCCGUUCGGGAAUUACCUCAUGCAAAAACUGUUGGAAGUGUGCAAUGAAGAACAGAUUCUGCAGAUUCUGCUCAUGGCAACUGAAGAACGGGGCGAGCUAGUUAGGAUCUCUUUAAACACUCAUGGCACUCGUGUGGUACAGAAGUUGAUCGAAACUCUCAAAACCAGACAGCAGAUUUCACUAGUUAUUUCAGCACUAGAACCUGGAUUUCUCACCCUCAUCAAGGACCUCAAUGGUAAUCAUGUUGUUCAGCGAUGCUUGCAAUGUCUUAGCAAUGAAGAUAACAAGUUCAUUUUUGUUGCUGCUGCAAAGUAUUGUGUUGACAUUGCGACCCAUCAGCAUGGGUGUUGUGUUCUGCAACGAUGCAUCAGUCAUUCAACUGGGGAGCAUCGAGAAAAGUUGGUUGCAGAAAUUUCUGCAAAUGGACUUCUACUUUCUCAAGAUGCAUUUGGAAAUUAUGUUGUUCAGUUUAUUUUGGAGCUAAAGAUCCCAUCUGCCACAUCCAGCUUGAUUUCUCAAUUUCAAGGGAAUUAUGUGCAUCUCUCAACACAAAAGUUCAGCAGCCAUGUGGUUGAAAAAUGUCUUGUGGUAUUUAAUGAUGUAGCCCGAUCAAGAGUUAUCCAUGAAUUGCUCUCUGCAUCUCACUUUGAGCAGUUGCUUCAAGAUGCCCAUGCUAACUAUGUUGUUCAAACAGCUCUUCGGAUUUCUGAGGGUCCUCUUCACAAUUUGCUGGUUGAUGCAAUCGAGUGUCAUAAAGCAGUCUCGCGCAACAGCCCCUUUUCCAAGAAGAUUUUUUCCCAGAAGCUUUUGAAGAGAUGAUGUACAUUCUUCGCUUUGGUAAAGAAGUGAUGUUGUUGUCCUCUCAUUACUGUGUUCUCUUCUACUACUAUUGCUAUCUAUGAAAAGCCGAUGUUUCAACUGUAAAAGCAUGCCGAUUAGCAAUCUAGAGUUUUGACUACUUGUCUGCAUGGAAAUGAGUUCCGUGAUUUCAGCAGUGUAAAAUAAAAGGCAAUUUUGUUUCCAGUUGCUAAAUCUGGACAUGUGAUGUAUUAUUAUUCCAGUUAAUGUAUCUUCUGGAUGUUGUCAUCUCUAUUUGGUGGAUUUUAAGUACAUGAGAUUGUACAGUGUAUAAAAUGAUGGGCUUUAUUUCA